AUGGCUUCAUCUCUCGGAGACUUUUCACAAGUCAGGAAAGAGCUGGUUCACAUGGAGAAAGAAGAAAAGGAAGAAGUAGAAGAACAAGAAGAAGAUCUUUUUGAGAUAGACCUAGAGGUGGUGAACAACUUAUCCCCACCUCAUUACUGGGACAGCAAUUCCACUGCAACCAAUCAUGCUCUUCUGGCCAACUGCUUGUUGCCCAUAUCUGACAUCUCCGGCGCGGUCCCCAUGGUGUCCAAAUCCAGGACUUGUGAGGCUUUGCCGCCGCCAUCAGGGGUUGUUUUUGCGGAGCCAGUUAAAGGAAAGUUUUUGGGCUACCCUUCCAUGGAUCCCUUAAGUCUGAUUUUAAGCUAG